AUGAAAAUCAUAUUCAGUAUUCUUUCUUGGGGGGGUAUACAAUUGUUUUACAACAUUUUGAGGAAUAGUGACCUCAAAAAAUGGGAUGAGAUUUUAAAGGCUGUGUUGUUCUUUUUGAUCCUAGUGAUUAUAAGUAUUGUUCUCCCGCUGUCUUAUGGAAUUCAGUUUGAUUUCCCUGACAUGUUCUUGUUCAGCUGUAUCUCAGCUUGUCCCCUUGCUAUCACAGGUAAAGUGUUGAUUCCGUUCUUUCGGACCACCCAUCGAUGUUGCACAUUUCAAACGUUAAUUUUCCGCUUUUUUCAAGUCUCCUAUAUUAUAGUCACGCUAGGGUGUAUGGGUACUGCGGUUUGGAUUUUUACUGCCAAGGCGACAACAGACAAGACGCUGACUGCUGAGAAAUCCCGUGAUCUGAACAAGAACUGCGCAGUCGUGAAUUUCUUUGACUAA